UAAAAUGGUUAUGAUGAUGAUGGGCAUGGAAGAUGCUAGGCUAUGAUGAAAAGACGGAAGCGGAAUAUAAAUCCCGAGGUGUUUUUCAGAAAAAAGUCCAUUUCGGAUUUCCGCGAAAUUCUCGAUUGAUUUUAUUCUGGAGUUUGUGAGUUUGGAAUGGGUUCAAACUUCAUCUGGGAAUCAAAGCCAUAUUAUGGAUAGGGAGGGAAUAAGUUGAGAAGUUAUGGCGAGCAGCGCAGGUGCGCUGAGCAUUGCUUCAUCGCUACCGCUAAAAUCCGGCCGAAACCCCCAGGUACACGAAAGGCCUUCUUCUUCCUUCUCUUUGGACUGCUCUGCUUCGACGUCUGCUACUACUAGUACUGAGCAUGGCUCGAGCAAGAAAUUUAGCUACAGCAGAGCCUCUCCGUCAGUGAGAUGGCCACACUUGACAUUCACGGACAGUCAGUGCAAUUCAGACCAUUUCCAGUUCACUAUGUAUCCUUCCCCACUUACCCGUACGGAAAAUGAAAAUGAAUCCCGAUUAGAUAAGAGCCGGGAUGGUUUGGAUAGUGGUAGGAUCAGGAGUGGGACGAGGGCUAAGAAAAUGAACAAAUUGGCAUUGAAGAGGGACAAAGGAUGGCGAAACAGGGUACAGUUUUUAACUGAUAAGAUCUUGCAGUUGAAAUCUGAUGAGUUUGUAGCAGAUGUGUUGGACAAGAAGUUGGUGCAGAUGACCCCAACUGACUACUGCUUUGUAGUGAAGUGGGUUGGCAAGUCUAGCUGGCAAAGAGCAUUGGAAGUUUACGAGUGGCUGAACCUUAGGCACUGGUAUACCCCCGAACCUAGAAUGUUGGCAAUGAUACUUGGUGUGCUCGGAAAAGCCAACCAGGAAGCAUUGGCUGUGGAGAUAUUUACUCGGGUGAAGCCAACUGUUGGGUACACAGUUCAAGUCUAUAAUGCAAUGAUGGGUGUUUAUGCCAGAAGUGGGCGAUUCGCUAAAGUUCAAGAAUUGAUUAGUUUAAUGCGCGAACAAGGAUGUGAUCCAGACCUUGUGAGUUUCAAUACACUUAUAAAUGCACGCUUGAAGUCAGGUCCUAUGACGCCAGGGUUGGCAAUUGAACUUCUAGAUGAGGUAAGGAGUUCUGGGCUCCGGCCUGACAUAAUUACAUAUAACACUCUUAUCAGUGCUUGCUCCCGCAACUCAAACUUGAAGGAAGCUGUGAACGUUUUUAGUUAUAUGCAAAGUCAUGCAUGUCAGCCCGAUUUGUGGACCUACAAUGCUAUGAUUUCGAUUUUCGGAAGAUGUGGUCUCGCAUGUGAGGCUGAAAGGAUAUAUAAGGAUCUAGAGUCGAAAGGGUUUCAACCAGAUGCUGUGACUUAUAAUUCGCUGGUAUAUGCAUUUGCAAGAGAAGGAAAUGUUGAAAAGGUUAAGGUGACAUGUGAAGAAAUGAUAAAGAUGGGGUUCCUGAAGGACGAGAUGACAUAUAACACCGUGCUGCACAUGUUUGGGAAGAAGGGUCAACAUGAUAUUGCUCUGGAAUUUUAUCAAGAGAUGAAGUCUUCUGGCCGACUUCCUGAUGUAAUUACGUACACCAUUCUUAUUGACUCGCUCGGGAAAGCAAACAAGAUGUCAGAAGCUGCAAAUGUGAUGUCAGAGAUGUUAAAUUCUGGAGUGAAGCCAACCGUCAAAACCUAUUGUGCUUUAAUAUGUGGUUAUGCAAAAGCCGGGAGGCCAAGGGAGGCUGAAGAGAUGUUCAAUUGCAUGACACGUUCUGGCAUCAAUCCUGAUCAGUUGGCAUACAAUGUUAUGUUAAGCAUGUAUCUGCGGUCUGAAGAGAUCAAGAAGGCACUGUUUCUGUAUCAUGAAAUGAUAAAUGAUGGAUAUACUCCUGAUCUUUCUACCUAUGAAUCCAUUCUGAAAGUAUUAAGGAGAGAAAAUGAAGAAGAAGGUAUCCAGAAAGUGAUCAAGGACUUGGAACAAGUGUGUCACUUGAGCCCAGAAGGCAUUUCAUCUCUACUCGUUAAGGGGGAGUGCUAUAGUUUUGCUGCCAAAAUGUUGAAAUUAUCCAUAGCACAAGGUCACAAACUGGACAAGGACAGCUUCUUGUCUAUUCUGGGAAAUUAUAGUUCAUCUGGCAGGCAGUCAGAUGCGAUGGAAUUGCUAGAUUUUGUGAAAGAACAGACUACGGAGUCCCAGAAGUUUCUAAGUGAUACAAUGAUUGUCAUGCUUUGCAAGUCUAACCAAUUGAAUGCUGCUUUGAAUGAGUACUUCAGAACUAGCAACUACAGUAGUUCAUGCACUGGUAGUGUUGUUGUGAGUGAAUACCUCAUCAGUUGUUGUGAGGCAGCUAAGCAAUUUUCUGAGGCUUCUCAAAUAUUUUCUGACAUGCAAGCCAAUGGGCUGCAGCCUUCUCAGGAUGUUUAUAGAACAAUGGCUUCUAUCUAUGUGACUAUGGGUUUCCCUGAAACAGGUCAUCAUUUGGUCAAUCAAGCAAAAGCACGAGGCAUGCCUCUUGAUGGCAUUUUUUCCAUUUAUGUCAAUCUAAUCAAGGCUUAUGGGGAGCUGAAGCUACUGCAAAAGGCUGAGGAAGUUGUGGCAACUCUGAGAGAGAAGUAUGCUGUUUUGGACCAAACAGCUUGGAAUGCAUUGAUACAAGCUUAUGCUGUGAGUGGCCUCUAUGAGAAAGCAAGGGCAGUUUUCAACACAAUGAUGAGAGAAGGUCCAUCACCUACAGUGGAUUCCAUCAACAGUCUCUUACACUCAUUGAUUGUUGGUGGCAGAUUAAAUGAGCUAUACAUUGUGAUACAGGAAAUUCAAGAUAUGGGUUUUAAAGUUUGUAAGAGCUCCAUCAUUUUGAUGCUUGAUGCAUUUGCAAAAGAAGGGAACUCUUUUGAAGUUAAGAAAAUAUACAAUGGAAUGAAGGCUGCCGGGUAUUUCCCUACCAUGCAUGUUUACAGAGUGAUGAUUAGGAUAUUUUCCAAGGCAAAAAGAGUUAAGGAUGUUGAGGCCGUGCUUUCCGAAAUGGAGGAUUCAGGGUUUAAGCCUGACCUUUCUAUUUGGAAUUCGGUGCUCAACUUGUAUACUAGAAUUGAAGAUUUCAAGAAGACAGAUUACAUAUUCCAACGAAUUCAAGAAGCUGGACUCAAACCAGACGCGGAAACUUACAGUACCUUGAUAUUCAUGUACUGUCAAGACCGUUGUCCUGAACAGGGCUUUAAACUUAUGCAAGAAAUGAGACAGCAAGAUUUGAUCCCUGAGAUGGACACCUACAAAAGCCUACUUGCUGCUUUUUCUAAAGAGCUCAUGCUGGAUCAAGCUGAGGAACUCUUUGAACGGCUUAUGUCAGAGGGUCAUAAACUUGAUCGCUCUAUAUAUCACUUAAUGAUGAAAAUGUAUAGGAAAUCGGGUAAUUGUUCUAAAGCUGAACAGUUAGUACUGAAGAUGGAGGAAGCAGGAAUUGCGCCUUCCACUGCAACAAUGCAUUUGCUGAUGACUUCUUAUGGGAGAUCAGGCCAUCCCACAGAAGCACAGAAUGUGCUGAAUAAUUUGAAGACAACUGGUGCAAUUCUUAGUACAUUACCAUAUAGUUUUGUUAUUGAUGCGUAUCUUCAGAAUGGAGACUACAAUACCGCUAUUCAAAAGCUUAAGGGCAUGAGUUUAGAAGGCCCAGAGCCAGAUCACCGAAUAUGGACCUGUUUCGUUCGAGCGGCUAGUUUAUGUGAUCAUAUCAGUGAAGCCAAGAUUUUAUUAACUGCUAUUGCAGAUGCUGGUUUUGAUCUCCCCGCAAGGCUUAUGAGGGAACAUUCAGAAUCACUGGUUUUGGAGGCAGAUCAGUUCCUUGAGAAAAUUGCAUCUACAGAUCAUGAGGCUGCAAUUAACUUUGUCAAUGGUUUGGAAGACCUAUUAUGGUGUUUUGAGAUGCGAGCCACUGCUUCAUGGGUAUUCCAGUUGGCAACUAAGAGGAACAUUUAUCACCAUAAAGUGUUUAGCAGGGUGGCUGACAAGGAUUGGGGGGCUGAUUUCAGAAAGCUAUCCGCCGGGGCUGCUUUGGUUGCCCUAACUUUAUGGCUUGACCACAUGCAGGAUGCUUCACUGGAGGGUUUCCCUGAAUCAUCAAAAUUUGUUGUCUUGAUCACCAGUACAGCGGAAUACAACGAGGUAUCAUUGAACAGUACAUUAAAGGCAUACCUCUGGGAGAUGGGGUCUCCAUUUCUCCCUUGUAAAACCCGAACUGGAGUGUUGGUAGCCAAAGGCCAUUCCUUACGAUUGUGGCUAAAGGAUUCCCCAUUUUGCUUGGAUCUUGAGUUGAAAAAUAGAACAACAGAGGCAGAGGUUAACUCGAUGCACUUAAUCGAUGGUUGUUUUAUGAGACGUGGUCUUGUUCCAGCCUACAAGGACAUAAGCGAGCGGCUUGGGAUUGUUAGCCCUAAGAAGUUCUCAAGGCUUGCUUUGCUUCCAGAUGAGGAAAGGAAGAGAGUUAUUGAAGUCGACAUUCAAGGGCGUAAAGAGAAGUUAGCCAAGUCGAAUGAAAUUGGGACAGUAAAAAAGAAGAAAAGAUUCAUCAGGCAGGCUAAUCCAUGAACAAGCAGACGAUAAGUCAGGUGUCAGCUCUCACACAAGUUCAACAAGCUUGAUGAUAUGGCUUACUGCUGCAGUUGAAACUGCUCUCAUCUCAUGUUGGUGGUCUCCGAUACCUAGUGGGGCGAAAGAAUUACAAGGUCGAUCAAGUGUUUCUACAAAACCUGCCCACAAAUCUAAAGGUAGUUGUCAUGGCAUGUGCUCUCUUUCUCUUGAAAGAUCAAAUUGGAUGUUACCCAAGUGCCCCCUUGCGCCCGUUCUCCCCUGCGGUCAUGGGCUCAUGUGGGUCAACAGUGAACAGAUUAGGAAGCGGACAAUGAAGGCAUGCAUAUAUGCCAUCAUAUUUGGGGCAUGCAUAUAUGCCAUCAUAUUUUGCAAAAAAAUGGGGUAUUUAUUUAAUAAAUCAAUAAUUGCCGUUCAUUCUUACUAGUAGUAUUCUGGAAAAGAGAACAUCAGAUAUUCAGAUGCAGUCAAUGGAAGGUAAGGGCCUGGCAGGUGUUAUUUGAUUUAACUUUUCUGCUAAUGGCGGAAAUCAACAGUGUUGUCAAUUCUCCUUGUUUUCGACUGUACUAAGUUGUAACUCGUAAGGGGAUCAAAUGGAACGCAAUAAAGAUGAGACCAAAAAAUUAAGAGUAACUUCAUAUGUGUAAAAGGACAUUAUUGGUACUUUGACAGAGAAUGACACACAGUCCUAC